AUGCAUAUCUGUCUCUUGCCCGCAGAAACCCUACUUGACAUAUUCGCAACUAUCCAUGAAGACUGUGACAAACCAAUAUCCUGUGCCACACUUGCUGCUCUUGCAAGAACGUGUAGAAAAUUCAAGGAGCCUGCACUUGAUAUGCUUUGGAAACAAAUUGAUGGGUUCGGACCACUCAUAUCAUGCUUCCCUGAAGGUGUAAGUAACAGAGAUGUGCAAGGAAAUCUGACGCUCAUCAGACCUCCCUUCAUCAGAGAGUGGAGGAUUUUUACUCAAUAUGCACACCGUGUCCGCUCCUUGAGCUUCAAUCCCUCCAAGCUAGAUGCCAUAGACGAUCGGGUUGUGCAAGCGCUCAUUUCUGCGCCAUCACCUACGCUGUUGCCCAAUCUUUGUAGAUUGCAAUGGUUGGAUAACCGAGAAUGCUUCACUCCGCUAUUGCGCUGCCUUCUUGUGCCAAGCAUCAGGUCGAUCGAGCUGGGAACUAUUUUAUCAUCCCACUGGGUACCCUCCUUUGCCAAAUCAACCCUGCUAACUUCCCUCAGUGCUCGGUGUCCAUCCAUUCGGGAACUUGAGUGUAUAUACGGGUUUGACUCUGAAGACAGCAGUUCAGAUGCAAUAUCCGACGCUGUAUGUGGUUUGCGGGAGCUCAUCCAUCUUACGGUCGGGGUCCUUGACACACGAGCGCUCCUUCACCUGGCUUCUUUACCGUCGUUGAAGUCUCUGUACUUCAGAACGCACGAUAUCGACAACACCCAAACCAAUGCCACUCCAACAUUUGCCUCCCAAAUCGAUCGAGUGCACAUCCUUGUACCGUCGCUUCUAAUUCUUGCUCGCUGUCUCAGAAACAUCCGUUUUCUCUCCUGUCGAUCAGUGUUUUUGGUCAUCGAUGACAGCAAUUCAGCGCUACCUUAUGAUCCACUGCUUAUUCCAGAAAUUAUCGCCUCUUUUUCGGAGUGUUUCUCUCCUGCUCUCGAGCAAUUUUCGUUCGACUUCGACUUCGAGCACCAUUUAAUCGCCCUUGCUGAUCCCCGUUUUGUACUUGCCUUCGAUGCAGUCGCCCCGUUAUUGCCUUUCAGUCGCUUAACAAAGUUAGACCUCGAUUGGAUCUGCACUUCGGCUAUCGACGAUGCGUUGCUCAGGAGAAUGACGCAAUCAUGGCCUCUGCUCCAAGAAUUCCGCUUUGGAAGUGGUAGUUGUUGGUCGGUCCCACCAUCUCUCACCUUCAUAGGACUCACCUACCUCAUACAACAUUGCCGGGGCUUGCGCACCAUUGAAAUGACUUUCUGCGCAUGCUCAGUUGAUACCAACAGCGAGCCGUUCUCUAAAACCAUUCCCAACGAGAAUGUGACCAGAAUUUUUGUGGGGAUGUCUCCAAUUGUCGAUUCCAUCGCCGUGGCUUGUCAACUGCAUACGUUGCUGCCGAAGUUGAUCACUGUGGACCGCUUCGGAUUGCUCAAGGACUUGCGCUCCACACCUCAAUUUCAAUGUUUUGAUGAAGAAUGGGCUAGGGUUGACGAGUUCCUGGUAGUGCUCACUACAAGCGCAGAAAUGAAAGAGAACAUAGGCCAAGCACCUCAGUGCUCUUUGUCGCCCUGA